AUGUUGGGAAGCCUCAACCUCUACCUAAGAGGAAAAUGUAAGUCCCAAUGCAAGGAGAUUCUUAUUGUAGGUACCACCGUGACUAUGUCCAUUGAACCACAACUGCAAGGAGCUCAAGGACGAGAUAAAAUGACUUACACGCAGAAUGAGGCAGGAAAUAAGAGGAGGCCAGAGGAGCUAGAGGUCAGACCUCCCAAGAGGGUGCUGAGAUCAAAGACCUUAUGGUCUGCACAGGGUAUUGGUGGAGAACCUGCCAACAGAUCAUUCAAUAAAGAACAUGUGUUUGGUGAAGCUGGAAACAUAAAAGAUAUUACCAUUCGUGAGCCACAUGACGUCAGAGAUCCAAAGAAGUGCACUACUACAUAUAAGCUGAUUAGCAAAAAGUUGCAUGCUCUUGUGGAGUACAACACUGUGGAGGCUGCAGAGAAAGUUGUGGCCACUUUGAACAACAAACAAGAUUGGAGAUAUGGAUUGCGGAGCAAGAGAGGGGCAGUUCUCAAAUAUUGGAAUCAACUCGAUAUGAGGAGAAUCACCAUACAAGUGAACAACACGAAGAUUCACACGAUGAUGAGAAUGUGGAUCAUGAGACAGAAAUACCAUGUCACAAAUGGACAUGGCCACGGGACUCAAUUUUUGAGUCAUGGAAAAGAACCAUCAAAACUGCCACCGAGAUCGAGAAUGCCCGACGGGACUAGAGGAUUCGUGAUGGGCAGAGGUUGGCCCUUGGCGGACAGCUCGGCUUUGUUGAUGGAUUUCAGAAACAAGUGGUGGUGGAUUGCUUCAAUGGAGAAGGAGGAGAAAGAAUGGAGGAGUGAAGCAGAGGUGGUGAGGUUGGCAAUGACUGACUGGGUUGAAUUCUCUGGUUGCACCUCUGCCCUGGGAAGGUUCUAA